AGUCCGUGGAGCUGUGGGCGUGGCUGAGGGAAAGAUGGCGGCGCCCUCGGCUCCUGCAGAGCUCCAGGCUUCCGGGGCUCCCCAGCUCCCCGUGUGUCUCUUGGUGUUGGGGAUGGCGGGAUCCGGGAAAACUACCUUUGUACAGAGGCUCACAGGACACCUCCACAACAAACGCUUCCCACCCUACGUCAUCAACCUGGACCCUGCUGUGCAUGAAGUCCCCUUCCCCGCCAAUAUUGAUAUCCGUGACACAGUGAAGUAUAAAGAAGUCAUGAAACAAUAUGGACUCGGGCCAAAUGGUGGCAUAGUGACCUCACUCAAUCUCUUUGCUACCAGAUUUGAUCAGGUGAUGAAGUUUAUCGAGAAGGCCCAGAACACAUUCAAAUAUGUCCUGAUUGACACACCCGGACAGAUUGAAGUGUUCACCUGGUCAGCUUCUGGGACAAUCAUCACUGAGGCCCUGGCAUCCUCAUUUCCAACAGUGGUCAUCUAUGUAAUGGACACAUCACGAAGUACUAACCCAGUAACCUUCAUGUCCAAUAUGCUAUAUGCUUGCAGCAUCUUGUACAAAACCAAGCUGCCUUUCAUUGUUGUCAUGAACAAAACCGACAUCAUUGACCACAGCUUUGCGGUGGAGUGGAUGCAAGAUUUUGAGGCUUUCCAAGAUGCCUUGAACCAAGAGACUACCUAUGUCAGUAACCUGACUCGUUCCAUGAGCCUGGUGCUAGAUGAGUUCUACAGCUCACUCAGGGUGGUGGGUGUCUCUGCUGUGGUGGGCACCGGCUUCGAUGAACUCUGUGUUCAAGUCACCAGUGCUGCAGAAGAGUAUGAAAGGGAAUAUCGGCCGGAAUACGAGCGCCUGAAGAAAUCACUGGCCAGUGCCCAGAGUGAUCAGCAGAAGGAGCAACUGGAGCGCCUUCGGAAGGAUAUGGGCUCUGUAGCCCUGGACCCAGGGACCAGCAAAGACAGUCUGUCUCCUGUGCUGAACCCUUCUGACUUGAUCCUGACUCGGGGAACCUUGGAUGAAGAGGAUGAGGAAGCUGAGAGUGACACUGAUGACAUUGACCACAGAGUUACAGAGGAAAGCCGAGAAGAGCCAGCAUUUCAGAACUUCAUGCAAGAAUCAAUGGCACAACACUGGAAGAGAAACAAGUAGACCGUCCCACUUGUUGCUAGAAGUCUGACAUGCUGGGUCUCCACGCAGAGAAGUCCUUCCGGGAGUCAGGGCUGCAGUCGAGCAGUUUCCUCUAGGAUAAUAACUUCUUUGGGGAAACCAGGACUUAGAUGAAGUUAGGGUUGAAGGUGGAGCUGGCAGGUGGAUGCCCACCCUUGGUUAGCUUCUCUUGGUAUUUAGCAAGGAAGUGUAUUCUCACCACUCUGGAAGCUGAUGACUAUUGAGCCUGAAAUUUCAAGCUGCAUCAUUUGAACUCAAGUACUUUUGCACUGAUGGGGUGGGGAGACCUUCCAUCCUGAAGAUGACUAGGCUGGACCCGUGGACUCAGCUCUUUAGCACUGUGCUUUUGACUCUGCACCUCAAGUUGCUGUCCUUUAAUCAGAAUGGAAGGGGGAACGGAUCAAACAGAGGGGCAGUGAGGUGCCCUUGGCAGCCAGUGCUGAUAUGAGAUGUGUGCACAUGAGGUAACACGUUCUAAAGAAUCCUGCUUAAAUGGUGACUUGGAUAAAGUUUUUAACUUUAAUUUUGUGUCAUGAUUUCAAAUUAGAAAUGGGUUCAGCACUGUUAGUUACAGCAGAGCUUUAAAGGCAGGUCUGGUGGGAUGUAAUGUGUAGUUUAAUUUCCCAUGUGCAUUCACCUACCAGCUCCAAAACCAUGUCCUAUUUAUAUUAUACUUAGAACAGUGUAAAUCAUUGUUUGUGCUGUAGGAUUUGGCUAGGUGUCCAUUCAGUAAUAUGUAACUAGAAGGGUUCGCCCUGGUUCUCAGACUGUAGUCUCUGGACCAGAAGUAAGAUCAUCAGCCAGGAAAGUUUUCAAUUAUUGAUACAUCUCCAAAUCUGCUUCAUCGGGAUGGAGUGGGUGCUCAGCUGGCUGUUCAGUAAGCCCUCCAGGUGACUGGUGUGCUCUGCUUUCAAAACACUGUUCCAACUCAGCCCCUGACUUAAUCCCAGGCCAGAGGAAUCAACCACCAAACCUCAUAACUUGCCUUUCAAAGUAUCCUUAUCUUUCUUGAUUUGAUGCCUGUUUUCCAGUUUUGUUUCAAAGCAACACAGAGUUUUAUCAGUAAUUAUUCAAUAUUCUAUACCUAGUAGGAAACACUGAUCUAAAAAUCUGAGCUUUUUCUUUCUUUAUUAAAAACUAAGACCUUUCUGCCCAAUGUCA